AUGGGAGAAACCGAUCCUAGAAAUUAUGCGUUAUCCCAACUGCAAGCACAACUCGAGCAAGAGAGAGAGGACAAGGAGAUGUUACAGCACUCUGUCUCUGACCUGAGGAGCACAUUGGCUGAUUUGGUGGAAAGACUUCACAGUGUAGAUGGAGAAGAGAACGAAUGGCGGACCAGAUUUGGGACACAGCUGGAGCUGAACGGGCAACUGGAGAAACAAAUCAGUGUCGUUCGAGAGAGACUCGAGAUCCUCCGCUGUGAUCCUGCAGAUCGAUUGGCUUCCAUUCGCUCAUAUGAUGAAAUGCCAGUGGAUAUACUUAGACAGAGGCUGAAACUGCUGACCAUGGAGAAGAGUAGCCUACAGUCUCAGCUGCUGCACCUCCAAAUGAAAACUGUGCAAGAAGGAAAGGCUUAUCAAAAGGUCUAUGUAGAGAGGCGGGCCUAUCUUGCAGAGAUCGCAAAGCUGUCCUCAACCCUAGAUGUGAACAGAAAACAUCAGAUGGUUCAAGCCCGGAGGAUGCAGGGUACAGACAAAAAGUAAAUGUUAAAAUGCACUGCAUUUCAUCACAUGACACUGUUUUGAUU